UUGAAAAUAAUAAACAUAAUUUAAACGUUCGAAAUUCACUAGAAAUAUGUCAAAAUGAAUAGCGUGGACCCAAUGAAAGCGUUCUUUCCGAACACUACAUCAUACCAUUCAUACCCACGUAUAAUAUAAAAUGUAUUAGUAGCGUGUGCAUAUAAGCAUAUUAUAUUAUUGUAUAUGAUAUAUUAUAAUAAUGCGUUGGCUGUACCGCUUGUUCCAAUGUCAGUAUCGGAUAACGAUGUGCACGUGCCCUUCUUGUGUGUGUAUAGCUCAUACAUGGUGGAUGGUUUGCGCAGCUUGCAACACCAGGUGACGGACAUGAGCGCCAACCUGACGACGCGGCUGGACGAGCUGCAGUCGCGUGGCGUGUCACCAAGCCCGGGCCGCCGCCUACUACGGCACCGAGCACCGCGGCCACGUGGAAACCAGCGUCGCGCUGUCCGAGAUCCGGUCGCAGCUGCACGAGCUCACCAGGUCGCUGGAGUCGUGCCAAUCGGAGGUGACCGAGGUGAAGCGCGACAUGGUGGCCAUCAAGAACGAACUGGACACCGUGCAACAGGUCAAGGAGGAGAUCGAGGAGCUCAGGGAGUACGUGGACCGUCUGGAGCUGCAGUCGCAUCGCAGGAAGCUCAGGCUGCUCGAACAGGGACUUACAUUCUUUUUGUCCUAUACAAUAUUGGCGUCGAUGCUGGGCAUGCUUCAAUUCGGUUACAAUACUGGAGUGAUAAAUGCACCCGAAGGGAACAUAGAGAAGUUCAUCAAAGAUGUGUUUGAAGAUCGAUAUAAAGAAAAUAUGGACCAUGGGCAAGCUGAGUUACUCUACUCUUUUGCAGUGUCCAUUUUCGCCAUCGGUGGCAUGUUAGGUGGCUUCAGCGGCGGCAUCAUAGCCAAUCGUUUCGGCAGAAAAGGAGGUUUACUGCUGAAUAGUUUUGUUGGCAUUGGUGGUGCUUGCUUAAUGGGUCUCACCAAGUACUUCAAUUCCUAUGAAGUUUUAUUUAUUGGUCGAUUCAUUAUAGGAGUCAACUGUGGUUUAAAUACAUCACUAGUGCCAAUGUAUAUAUCAGAAAUAGCGCCGCUCAACCUACGAGGUGGCCUCGGAACUGUCAAUCAGUUAGCCGUGACCACUGGACUGCUCAUAUCCCAGAUAUUGGGAAUAGAACAAAUUUUGGGUACAGACGAAGGCUGGCCUUUAUUAUUAGGAUUAGCUAUAUGCCCUGCCAUAUUACAAUUAAUUUUACUACCUGUAUGUCCUGAAUCACCAAGGUAUCUGUUGAUAACCAAACAAUGGGAAGAAGAAGCAAGAAAAGCUCUGAGAAGGUUACGUGCAACCAAUCAGAUUGAAGAAGACAUUGAAGAAAUGCGUGCUGAAGAACGUGCUCAACAGUCUGAAGCUACGAUAUCCAUGAUGGAAUUAGUAUGCUCACCCACUCUAAGACAACCACUUAUCAUUAGUGUAGUCAUGCAGUUGUCGCAACAGUUGUCCGGCAUAAAUGCAGUGUUUUACUAUUCAACUAGCCUGUUCAUAACUGCUGGUUUGGCUGAGAAUGUAGCUAAAUUUGUAACAAUAGGGAUUGGUGUAAUUAUGGUGAAUAUGACGCUGGUGACCAUGCCAUUGAUGGAUAAAACUGGUCGAAGGACAUUACAUCUUUACGGUCUAGGUGGAAUGUUUAUAUUCUCAAUAUUCAUUACGAUAUCAUUGUUAAUCACAGAGUUUUUCGGUUUUGUGCAGGAAAUGAUCGACUGGAUGUCGUACUUAGCUGUCGUAUCCAUACUUGGAUUUGUCGUAUUCUUUGCCGUUGGUCCUGGCUCCAUACCUUGGAUGAUUACUGCGGAGCUCUUCAGUCAGGGUCCUCGGCCUGCGGCUAUGUCCAUCGCCGUGCUCAUAAAUUGGGUGGCCAACUUCGCCGUCGGCAUUGGCUUCCAACCUCUAAAGACUGCAUUGGAUAAUUAUACAUUCCUACCGUUCAGUGUAUUGCUGGCAAUAUUCUGGAUAUUUACUUAUAAGAAAGUGCCAGAGACCAAAAACAAAACGUUCGAAGAGAUAUUAGCUCUAUUUCGGCAAAACGGCAGAGGAAGCGUCUUGGAAUCAAGUCGCUUAUACGGGAGUAUGUUAAACUAUUCAAACGCGUUAGACGAGCAUUUACCGCCCUCCGAAAGGGCAUCAUUAAUGGUGGCUGAGGAGAAACCUUUGCCAGACUCAUCACCAGUACAACACUCUCCGACGGACCCGGAGGUGUGUGCUGUAUGCGUCAACACUGGCAGUUCCCUCAUGAUGACGUCUCCGAACGUAACUCGCCGGUCGAGUCACACGCUCAGUAACCACGUUUGCCAAAUGGACUAGACCGUCGCGUUAUUCUAAGAUAAUACAUAAUUAUUAUAUGCAUAUUAUUAUUAUUAUUAUUAUUAUUAUUAUU